CAUCAUAACAGGCGACGGUUGGCCUUACAAUUUCUAGUGACUUGCGCUACGUUAUACAAAUUAAAAAUACACGUCAAACUAUACUAGAAAAAAACACGCAAUGAGGGAGAUGAUUACAGCCAGCGCUAAUUCACAUAUAAACUAAGUUUCUCGUGGCUCCUUUCAGCGACUUAAAGCGCAGGGAAUUGAUCUUGCUAAGAUGAACCCAGAUCAACCUCCAUCUGACACUAACAACUCUACCGAACAGGAAUAUAACACCCAGUGGCAUAUUUUAGAGCAGCUGAAGUCUAGUGUUGCUGCGCCCGAGCUAGCAGGCAGCACAGAAGUUGCUGAAAGAAUGGCAACACUUCCAGUAGAUGCCUCAGGACAUAGCUCUAGUGAGCCUGUGAUGCAAGGGGCAGGAAAUAACCCGGAAUCUGGUCAUGAAUGGUUUCUUUUGGCGGGUACACCCUCCAGCGGGCACUCAUCUGACGUGGAGAGUGAUUCCAUGCUGAAUGUUGCUGAUUUGAAUGAUGACAAGAAUGGUUCUCAUACAUUAGACACCAAAGACAAGGGUGAUGACCCAUACCAAGAGCAAUGGCAUGUGCUGGAACAGCUCAAAGCCAGUGUGAAGGCACUCCAUUGGAGUGGAAACUCCUCACCAGACACCCUCAGUAAAUCACCAAAGAUCAGGAAAUACAGUGAUCAAUUCACAGAGCCACGUAAGAGAACUCCCACAGGCAGCCAAAGUGAAAGUAGCCUGGGUGAUGUGUCUGACAGGCAAAGCAAUGGAUUGCUUAGAAGUGUGAAUGGUGCAUCAUUAAGGAGAUUUGGAUUACAAGAUCUGGAGCCACAGACAACAGGUUACAGUAGCAAGUCACUAAAUCCCAAUAGCUCCUCAGAUCUUAGUCUGGAGAGUGAUGCUUUGGGAUUUGUCUCGCUACCUAACAGACCCGCCACCAUAGGAAACUAUGGGGCUAGUGAUUCACCACCAUACUCAAAAGGAAUGCCAAUUAACCUCCAAGCAGCUUACACAGCCUCAUCAGAUAAUGGAACCAAGGUUUCCAUGCAGAGACCUGAACCAAACACACAAGCAUCUAUGUCCAAGUCUCCACUCUCUGCUAGAGAGCGUCUACAACCAGAUGGAAGGGACGGGCCAGACUCUUGUGCAGUUCCUGUUGCUGUCACGUUACCAGGAGGUAGCCAGGGAGUUCCUGUUCAACCUCUCCCUGCCUAUUUAAGUACUACAAGUGUGACUGAUCUCUCUGGAUUUCCUGGGCAAACACCUGAUCAGUCUGUUAGUACUUAUUCUCUAGCAGGUCAAGCCAUGGAUGGGACACAAUCGGUGAUUUUACCUGCUGUUCCAUCACCUUCAUCACACUUCCCAGGGGUAUCGUCAACUCAAGCUUACACUCCUCCUUAUCAAUUGUUUGUUCCAUCCAGUGGUGCUGCCCCUCCUGGAGACAGUAGUGGAUUGGGUGUUUCAGUAAACGACCUACUAGGUGGCAUGCAAACCUUGGACUCAAACCUUCUCACAGGGGUGUCAUUCCCCUAUGCACAGGGUAGUAUCUAUAGCCAAGCAUCCAAUUAUGUGAUCAGCCCUUUGGCAGGGGGGAGCGAUGUCAAGGAGAGUUCUUCUCAUGCCCUUUUUGACAGCCAUUUCUCAGAAGUCCUCCAUGCAGGAUCAGGAAUCGCUCCUUCACCACCUACUCAAGCUUGGGGACUUGGGUCUAGAAUGCAAAGCUACCCUACUAGUAUCUGGCAAGACACAGAAAAUGGCAUCGAACCAACACAUCCAUCCAACCACCAGCAAGACAACAUGGUGUCUUCUAACAGGGAACAGCAGCAAAGUGAUGAGUACGAAACAGUACAAGGUGCAUCAGAGAACAUUCUUAUUGAACAGGAGCUUGAAAGUCCUCAAGAACAGUCAGGAAGCAGAACUUCUAGCCGCAACUCAGAUAGUCUUUCAAAUCUCUUGGUAGGAUCUAAAAACUCAAGCCCUGUUGACAGGGAAGUCAUGGCGCGAGUGCAGGAGAUAACUAAUCGGUACCUGGGUAGCCCAUCUGAAUCAUCUACCUCCCAGUCUGCCUCGCUCAAUGGCAGCCCGACAGAACGUCCAUCAAGUGACAAGAAAGUUUCUAUUGAUGGUUUCUCAACUUCACACACCAGCCUAAAGAGUCCAUCCCCGGUCACAGAGGUUCUAAUGGACCCAACAGGCCUGAGAGAAACAACUGGAAUCACUACCCCUACUGUGACAUCUACAUUUGUUAAAAGCAAUUAUUCGCAAGUGGCAGCAACUACCUUCCCUGUGGCGAACUCUUAUGUUUCCUCUGCAGCUACGCAUAUGACGAGGCAGCCAGCAAGAACCACAAUCGUGAAUAAAUUACAUGCUGGUUUGAUGGACAGCGAAGAUGACGUCGAGAGCCCUGUAUCCAAGCUGUUGGGACCACAGUUCAGAGCUACACAGGAUUAUCUUAACAAGCUCAAACAGCGUGGCCUUGAGAGCACUUCAAGUGCGGAACAGUCAGAAAAGGACUUUUAUCAGGGAAACAGCUUGUAUGCCCAGCAAAGCUUUACAAGUGCAGCGAGCUUUGAACCGUACACAACUAAGCCAAAAGACGUAUCUUCUGAUUCUCUAGCUUCAAGUGUACCUAGUGUCAAGCAAGCAUGGAUUGUUAGUAGCCACAAAAGUCUUCCCGAGUAUGUCCCACAUGGCUCUACUGGUGGAGCAAGUUCAAUACCAUGCUCCCCUGAACUGACGGAUGCCUCUACUUAUAGUAACAGUAGUUUAAUUCUCAGAGCACCGGGCGUCAAGCAUACAUGGAGUGAGGACAGCCAUGAGCGUCGGUCUGAUAUAGGAGAAAGUGGCAUGAUUGCGUUGGAGAAAAAUGCAAGUACAAGUCUUGACGAAAGCUCCACCCAUGCUUAUUGCCUCCGACCAAGUGUCCCUGUUGUCCCAGAACCCAAUACAAUAGUCCCUGAAGGCAUGGAAAUAGCAUCACGGCAUUCUGUUCUACAAACUAGUACACCGGAUACUGGCUUUGUGUCGUCCAGAAGGAGUGAUACAUCUACUGGCAUUCAUUUGAAUAGACAGCAGAAUGCUUUUGGGUCAGUGUAUAACUCCUCUGAAGCGUCAAGUGCAGGCAGAAAUGAGAUGCCUGCAAGAUCCAGCAGUCUCUCUUCGUUUGAGACCCCUCUGACCAGUUAUGUCCCAACUACCGUUUCAGCACAAAACUCCUCUAGUAGAGGGAGGGAAAGCUUUUCCUCCAACACGAUAGUGUCUUCCCACGAUGAAGCAGAAGACACGGAUGACCUUCUCAGCUAUGAGGCGGCUCUAGAGGGAGAUCUAAAGUACUUCAGACAACUCAAGAGUGACAGUAAAAGUAAAACACCUCCUGUAAAAGAUCGCCCAUUCACAAGCAGCGUCGACAGUACGAAGAUACAAACUGGACUGAAUGGAGACAUCUCGUCAAUCACUGGAAGUGUUCAUCGACCAGACUUAGAUAAAGCGACCAGACAGUUCCAUAUGUCCCUUGGGGCGGGCUCUAUUAGUCCACUUACUGAAAGCGAGGUCGGUACGCUCAGAAAAAGUGACCAGGUCUUAAGACAAUACCAGGAUGAGAACAAGAUUCCCAGUUAUCUGGAAUCCAGAGGAAAAGAUACUGACCGCUAUAGUAGUAAUACUAUGUAUACGCCUACUCCUGAGUCCUCUUCCUCAAGUCUAUACAAACCUCACCUGCAUCAUCAAGACCCCAUGCCUACAGGCACUAGCGGUCUCGUUGGCCAGGAGGCGACUCAUGGAUUAUACGAUGUGCGGCACUCCUCAGGGCCAGGAAGUACCAACAGGCGUCGUCGGGCCAUGGGUUUGUCUCCUCGCUUGGACAGGGUGUCCAGGACAACAGAGGGUGAGGUGUAUGUGUCUGCAGAUUCUACUCCAUUCGAUUUGCGGGAUGAGGGAGGCUCAGACACCACGACAACGUCCAAAGAUGAUGAAAGCGAUCCGCAGCUCAGCAAGCGACGCUCAGCAACUGGCUCACGGAGCUCUAAGGAGAAAUCUCUUUACCGUCCAGAUUCGAGGAAGAAUUCUAGCGUGAAUUCCUCCAUAAACAAGCAUGGAAGUGCGCGGAACCGAAGCCAUCAAGACACCAAGUCAAUGCUUGACGAUUAUGUGGUUGGUAGAAGGUCUGUGCAAGCAGGCGAUCGGGAGCUUUUAAGGCGCGAUAGGUCAUCCAAUGGUAGUCAUGGCACGGAGUACACUACGAGGAAAAGCAAAGAAUUAAAUGAUAUGUGGGAACGGUUCCAGGAGAGUUUAAGAUCCAGUCCGAGCUACACGAAAAAGGGCAGUGUCUCUUCCCAUCUAGACAGGCUGUCAACAUUACUGGCUAAGCCGUUGUUAGAGACCACUGGGUCUAGCUCGGUCUCCGAUCCAGAGCGAGGCAACCGGGCUAAGUCAGAAGCCCCUUCCACGUCGUACUACUCUAGCGAUGCUUCAUCCGAUUUGACUCAGCUCAAUGAAGGGUUCAUUGAGUUUAUGCGUAACCCUUCUUUUUCGCAACAGAUCAGGUUGCGCAAGCUUUUGGAGACUGUAAAUAUCGCGAAUGUUCCUACCUUUCCUCGUCUGCGGAGGACAGACACCACUACCACCUCUACCUCAACCGAAAGUGACACCUCGACCUCGGAAACAUUUUACACCAGCGAACAUGACGCCGCGCCUGUGGUGAUGUCACGCCCAAACAGAGGAAGUCGUAAAGUGUCACGCACUCCUGUCCUAGAACCUUCUCAUCGUGUUAAAACGACAGCUGAAACAAAAGAAAUUCUAUCGAAGUGCAUUUGUUCCAAGACACAGGUUAAAGACGAGCAGGUUAGAGGCUCUAGAGCUACGCAGACCUCGCAUACACGGGACGUCGCUGUUAAUGUGCCAACGCCAAAGCAUAGAGCUUUAAAAGAAAGAAAACCUUCAAAGAGCGGACGUGCUGUUGAUGUUGGAGUGCAGACGCAUUUAGACAGCGACUUGGAGUCGCCUAGUGUCAAUAGAAUACACUCGAGUAACACAGAUGGCUAUCCCACGAGACAAGACUCGCCAGACAGAACCACAAAAAGUAAGCACAAGCAACAUCGCAAAGACCGCUUGAUCGCCGGUCACAAUUCGCCUGUGUACAGAGCCUAUCAGGAGAACUUAUCCUCGAGUGAGAAAGAAAAUUCACUGUCCUCGGAGCAUAGCUAUAGUCCCGGUAAGCAUCAGCGCCGCCAAGGUCAUAAGGAACGAAUUAUCGCAAGCCAGAAUUCGCCAGCUGCGAAGAUCAGGACUAGUCAUAACAAAGAACCCAACGACUCGGGACCUGCUUGGUUUUACCCUGUAAGCAACAAGCACUAUAGCAGGCCUAGUGACAGCGAGAGCAUGAUCCAGCCCGCUAACCUUCGACGCGAUGACCAGACGACCAAGACAUUCAGUCCCCCCGCGGCUGCUGUGUCUACUUCCAUGCAGAGGCUUUCCCUCCAGGAAGCAUUCAACUUUGCCAAGCCAGACUUUGUUAGCCGGUCCCGUGCGCGGCUUAAUAGGAUCGGUCGCAACAGGGUGGUGCGGGAGCGAGGCGAGGUGACGCAGGACGGGGAACAGAGGGUGACUAAAAUGGAGAUCCCUGUGAAAGGGUCGGGUGAGCAAGCCAGGAAGCCGAACCAGGCCCCACGCAAGACUCACCUUCCAGAAAACAACCGCGUUCCUCGACCUCGACGAUUAUCCAAGAAAGAAAUGCGCGAGCUGAACCAGAAGUUGUAUAACAAUCUUCCUGAAGUUAAAGCACAGAAGGAUGAAAACAAACGUGCUGCAUUCUACAAAACGAAUCGUUUGAAGGCCCAGCUGUACGAUAAGCGUGUGCGUGACCGUUUAAAGAAGCGUUAUUCUGCUUGAUGAUUACCGGAAACGUAGAAAGUACUGCAUGGCCGAAUAUUGCGUGAUUCAAGAAAAUAUUACCCAGCAUGCUCGAGGCCGUCCACCGACGAACUGAUUCCUCCGUCUGGUAUGAGAAAACAAUAUAGAAGCAGUGCGUGACAAAAUAUUGCGUGACGCUUGGACAUGUUACCCAGCAUGCUCACGACAGCACGUGACCAAACAUUGCCCAGCAUAUGCUGAUGGAAGUGCGUGACCAAGCAUUGCGUGACGCAUGGGUAUUUUACCCUGCAUGCUUAUAGUCGACCGACUAUACCUUUUAUCUCGUGUGGCGUGAGUUUAGAGUGAGAAUAGUUUUACCAUUGAGCAUGUAGAAAGUUAUCUAUUCUCAGAAGUCUUGCAAAGUCUAUUGAAAAUAUUUUGUAAUAGUAUGGAAGAAAAGGGGCCUUGAAAUCAGGUGCGUCAGAGGGGGAGAGGUGAGGGUAGGACCGAGCCUAUAUAUUCCUUGGACACCACUAUUUCAAAGAAUAAGAAACCCAGCGAAUUCUUAAGAUACUGUAACUUAAAGAAUGUCAGUCGCCUUUUACCGGCAACACGUGUGGCAGCGAUAUUUUUAAACAGAUACUCUUAUACUGUUUGGAGAUGGGUUGUCUACGUGCAGUCUACGACAAAAAGCCGAUUGACAUUUUUUCUAGCACCAUACAUAUAGAGGAGAAACCUGUAAAAAUACUCGUACACGUUUUAACGCAUAUUUAUAUCAUUACGAAAGGAAAUAAACAUACAGUGUUUUGCAACUA